AUAUAAGUCAUUCAGAUGAAUUCAGAUGGCAUUUAAUCCAUAAACGCUUAUGAUUUAGUCAGUGCAUAAACAAAGGGACUUGUAAAAUGGCUCUUUCUAAUGUUAAAUCCUCCGUGCGAUCAUUUAACUUCGGACUUAUUCAAGUAAUUAAAACCAUGAACUUAAGUGUUACAAAGGGAACGAUGUUCAUGAUGGCAACUUUCUUGGUUCUGACAUUGGUACGAUUCUUGUUGUUCAGGUAUUUACAUAUAUUUCAAUCACAGAGACCAACUCACAAAAUGAGUUCUUACCAUAAGGAUUUGUACGGAUAUGGCCGUACAGAAAAUACUAUUUUGAAUUUGAAUGAUCAAGGAAUUGCAAACUCUAGAACAACACAGAAUAAAUCAAUUCAAUUAAAUAUAUUUCACUCUUCCACUGAAAGCUCCAAGGGAUGGAAACAUACAAAUAUCAACGACAAAUUAAUUACUAAUGUUAGACAAAAGAACAAAAACAAAAGUGAUAAAAACAAUAUUAAGAAUCUAACGCAGACUACAGAUGAACAUAUGACUGUAAAUGAUGGGAAUGUUAAGAAACGCGACACUGCUGCUAAAACAUCACAAAUAGCAGAACAGUUAGCCCUUCGUACCAUCCUAAACUCAGAGCAGAUGUGGUGGAAAAGAUUUGGACGUUUGGUCACAUAUUUCAAUUCCAAUUCCAAAAGAUGGUAUGAAAGCAGACAAACAUAUAUUCAUUCACAAAAUUUCUCAACCAUACCUUGUUACGCCAAAACAAAAAUUUUCAUAGAUUUUGAAAAAAGUAUUGCUAAUAUUGAAAAAGCCUUGGUAAAUGUUAAUUCCAAAUAUGGGCCGAUCAUUUUUCUCUACGCAGAUUCAGGACGAUUAGAAGAGCUUCUAAACGGGUGGUUGCUGGCUAAGUUUAUCGCCAAAAUGGAGCUUCAUAAUCUAAUUGUUGCGACAGAUGAUAUCAAACUUUGUCCUAUACUUUCAAAAUUGUCAAUAAACAUAAUUGCCAUCAACGCUAACACGACCAAAUUUCAGAAAAAUCAAAAAUAUGAGAUUUGGACUUACAGACUAAUCCUUUGGCGACUCCUUGAUCUCUUAUGGCUACGAUGUAUUCAACUUUGAUACGAAUGCGUUUGUUCUACACGAUCCCAUAGGUCAUGUUGAGAGAAAUUAUCCCAAUGCAAGCAUUGUUGCCUCUAUAACUAGUACAUGGCCAAAGAAUGUCCACAAAGAAUGGGGCUUUACUUUAAACACGGGAAAUGUUCUUUUCCGUAAGGAGCUGAAUCAUCAAGGUGAGAAUUCAUGACAGCAUUUUGUCUUUUAUUUGCUGCGAAAAAAUAUUCAAAAAUAAUAAUUUAAAAAAAGUAAAAGGUCUGCGAUAAAAAUAAUAGAAUGGCUUCUAGAGAACACUAUACUCCAAGUUUAAAAAUGUAUCAACUACAUGUAGUUUAAUUCCAUUUUUCAACGUCGAUGUAAAUCAGAUACACUUAAUGACACGAUGACAUUCGAAUGUGUAUUACUGUUUAAAUGAUGCACAUACAAUACUUAAUAUGGAUUAUUUGAAACAGGACCAAAUGUGGCUUUCUUAGCAUCUUGCAAAAUAGGUUUACCACCCACGUUAGAUAUCAAAAAUAACACUUAACGACAUUGUUUCAGAAAUGCAAAUUAAGGAGGGAUGAUGG